AUACUGUGUGUCUGUGUGUGAGGGAGAAGACUAAUGACUGCAUAAACAAAGAAUUAACCCUGUGGUUAAUGGAUAAAUUACUUUCGGAAUAUCUAAUUCUCGGUGUAUGUGUCGUGUAGCAAAGCAUUAGCAUUGAUUUUUUUUUUUUUUUUUUUGAGGAAAAGCAUAGCAUUGAUUGAUCAUUAAAAAAAUGAGUAAUUCUGAUAAGGAUGAGAAGAAGCGAGAACAAGUCAAAGAGAGAGAAGAUUUAUUGGCGGCGCCACUCGUCAAAUCGGCUAAUCCAAUCGGAAUCUAACAUCCAUUGAUUCGCAAUCGAGAAGCAAAGAGUGCCCAAAAGAGUAAAUUUACCUAAUUUUGAAUGGGCCUUGCUGCUUCUGCUUCUGCUGCUGCAGCUGCCAAUUUCAACGGGAUUUCUUCAUUCAUCUAUGGCUGACUCUCUCUCAUUAAUUACUCCUAUUCUCGAUUCGCUUUUACAUCAUCAUCGAUAGAAAUCGAAUCGAUGGCGUCGGUGUUUCUGUACCACGUGGUGGGCGAUCUGACGGUGGGGAAGCCGGAGCUGUCGGAGUUCUCGGAGACGGAGACGGUGGGCGCGGCGAUAGGGGCGAUCGGGGAUUCGGCGGAGGGAGGGAUUCCGGUGUGGCGGAAGAGAUCGGUGAAGAGCCCCUACGAGAACACGCAGAGCAGGCAGCAGAGAUUCGUCGGCAUUCUCAACGCAUUGGAUAUUGUGGCCUUCUUGGCCAGAGAGGAUUGCUUGGCCGACCAGGAGAAGGCCAUCAACACCCCCGUCUCCGAGGUCGUCGCCGCCGACAACUCCGCCCUCAAGGUUGUCGAUCCCGGCACAAGAUUAAUAGAUGCUCUGGAGAUGAUGAAACAAGGAGCGAGGCGACUCCUCGUGCCUAAGAGCUUAGUCUGGAGGGGGAUGAGCAAGCGCUUUUCCAUCCUCUACAACGGCAAAUGGCUCAAAAAUGUGGACUCGUUCGGAGCAGGCAGCAGCACGAACGCGUUGGCUACCCGGCCUUCAUCGUCUUCCACCUCAUCCAUCCAAGACAAGUUCUGCUGCCUCUCGAGAGAAGAUGUCCUUCGCUUCCUCAUUGGUUGCCUUGGUGCCUUGGCUCCUUUACCCCUCUCUCCCAUUGCUUCUCUCGAAGCUGUCAACCCAAACUACUGCUGGAUCGAGGCGUCCUCUCCGGCCAUUGAUGCCACCAAGAAGCUCCCCAACGAUCCCUGCGCUGCAGCAGUUGUCGAGCCAACACCAGACGGGCAGCACAAGAUCUUGGGUGAGAUCUCUCUGGCCAAGCUCUGGAAGUGUGACUACCUCUCUGCUGCGUGGGCUCUCGCCAAAUUGUCGGCCGGCCAGUUCGUGAUGGGUGUCGAAGAUCACAUGAACUCGAGAUCACUGCCUGACAUUGAUACCCACAGGGAUGAAAUAGCUGGAGAGGAGACCAAUGGUGCUGCAGCAGCAGCAACAGUUAACACCAAUAGGUUGAGAAGGAAGUUCAGCAGCAGAAGCAUCGGCUUCUUCAGCAACUCGUCCGAUCCAAAUCUCAGCACCGGGAGGAGCAUGUACCGCGGUAGGACUGCACCCUUGACCUGCAAGUCUACGAGCUCACUGGCCGCCGUCAUGGCGCAGAUGCUCUCCCACCGCGCCACGCACGUGUGGGUCACGGAGAUCGACAACGACGACAUUCUUGUUGGCUUGGUGGGAUAUACUGAUAUCUUAGCAGCAGUCACACGGCAACCUGCUGCUGCACCAGCUACUUUGGACUCCAACUUAUAACCAAUAUUUGUUGCUGCAAUUUUUUGAAGUUUUUUUUCUUUCUUCUUUGUUUAUGGGAUUUGCUUUGGUUUGGUUCCAUUCUGUUUAUAUCAUGGUUGAAUGUUGAUUGUUGUGUGGUUUCCACAAAAUAACCAGUGGUUGUUGUUGCUGUUGAUGUUUAUCAGAAACAAGAAAUAAGCAAAGCUUUACUUUCA